AUCUCCAUCACGUAUUAGUCUGACAGAUUUCGAUGUGGUUUCAUCUUUGCUACUUCGAGGGUUAAGUAUCACGCCAUGAUAAAUGAUGUAUAAAUUGUUUGUAAUAUGUAUCCUGAAGUGUUUGACGUUGGUGGCAACUAAUCCAUUGCAAGGACUACAGUCGUGUCCUCAAGUCAAGUAUGUACAAAAUUACGGGCAACUCGACGGACCACUAAUACCAACGAAUUAUAAACCUUACCAGCAACAGCUCAUGGUACAAAAUCAAAUAACACCUACAAUCCAAACAAUCCCUUAUUUACACGAUGAACAAAUAAGCCGAUUGUAUUACAAAGUCCAGCCAAUUCCAACAAUAAACGCAUUUGCUGAUGUCAACACGCGUGUUUACGAUCAAAAUGGAAUUGAAAUUGCAAGAUACGCGGCUAAUCCAGCCGGAGCUGCGCCUAAUGUCGUUAAUAAUUACAUAAUAGUGCCACCGGAGUAUUUUAAACUCAAUCAAAGUAUUCCUAGUGAAAAUUUAUAUUAUCCGUACCAGAAAAAAGGUUUAAAAGAUGACACCGACAUAAAAAAUAAUGACUACACAGAAAAAGAGAAACACAAGAAGAACAAAAGAAAUGAACAUAGUUUUGAAAAACAUGCAUAUGUUGAUAACAACAAUAAUGACAAACCAAAGAGUGAUAAACAAAAUAAUGAUGUGCCGAAAAAGAAAGCUAAAAGAAUAGGAAGUAAAAUGAAUAAAAGUAAAAGAAAAUCUUCCAAAAAGAAUAAAAAUAAAGGUGAGGAACUCGAAGUUCCAAAGGUCAUAGAUGAGGAUGAUGUUGUACCAGAUAAACAAAGAACUCAUCGAUCAAAAUUAAAAGCUUUAGAAAAUCAAAAUGACAAAGAAAUAGAAGAAAAUAGAGAAAGUAAAAUCAAAAGAAGGAAAAGUGAUGACAGCUCGAAAACAGUAAACAAAAAGAUUCAAAAGAAAAAAAAAAUUAAGCCUACUCAGGAAGAAUCUAUGGAUUCUCAACCAAAAGAAGAUCUACAGGACGAUAUUAAUUUAAAGAUUAGCCCAAACGAAAUCACUAAGAAAACUGCAGAUGUCGAUGUAUGCUUUGAUAUCAACGAAGAGUGUGCCGACCUAGAAAGUCGCAGGACUCGUAAUAACUGCUAUGAUCGUAAAUGCAAUAAUAAUAAUCAUCAUCAUCAUUAUCACAAUAAUAAUCAGCAAAACGUGCAGAGAGACUUUCCUGCAAAUAUAGCUUCUUACUUGAACAGUAUAAUGUCUAUGCCACAAUUAAACACAAAUUACUUUAAUGCAAUGGGUAAUUUCCCUUACAAUUUUAAUUACUUGUAUCAAAUACCACCUCAAUCUAAAUCAAGAUCUAACGAAUCAAACAAAAAGCGCAAAAAAGGAAAAAAGAAACAAAAAACCAAUAAUAGUAGUAAAGACGAAAAGCAAUGUGCGAAUCAACAUCAAGUUGAAGAAGUAACAUCUGAUGAUUGUGAAAAAGUAGUAGAAUUAACACCACAAUUCAUAGAAAUUGAACAAAUAAAUGAACCAAUCAUUCCGGAAGUGACGUCGCAAAAUAUAGAAAGGAAUGAAGAUAAGACUGUAAAAGAUUCUAAAAAAAAAGAUUUCGAGAAAGAGAUAAGAGUUAUUGAACCUAUUGAGAAUAAUAAACCGAAAAUAAUUGAGCUCUCACCAGAAUUAAUUGAACCUCCACCAGAAUUAAUUGAACUUCCGCCAGAAGUAAUUGAGUCUCCAGCAGAAAUAAUCGAGCCUCUAUCAGAAAUAAUUAAGCAUACCUCAGAAAUUAUUAAGCCGUCAAAUAUUUAUAUAAGUGAUGAUUCAGCAGAAACCUUGUAUGUCGCUCCUGUGUUAGGCCCAGAUGAAAGUUUGUAUGUUGCUCCAAUGAUUGGUGGUGAAACCAUUCCAUUUUUCGAUGACAAUGACGUAUUUGACGAAUAUUAUCCUGAUUUCACAUCAGAUAAUAUAUACUUAAGUAAAGAGGAUUAUGAAUUAAAUAAUUUCCACGACCGUUACUAUUAUGCUUCGGACAAUAAAGCAGAAAUGAGUAGAGAAAAACGAAAAUAUGAACACGUCAAAGGAAAAAAAAUGAGGAAAUCCAACGAUGCGCAUAACAAUAAACAGACAGUGAAAAAUACUAAAGACAAAAAAAAUACCCAACAGCAUAAAGAUACUUUAAAAGAUAAAGAAAAUUCGUCAGAAGUUAAGUUUCGCAUUCCCCCACCGCUUGAAUUUCCAGAUUUUAAAACUGAAAUGGUAAACAAGGAUCGAGAUGAUCCUAGAAUACAAGACGAACACAAUAAAAAUGAACACAAGAAUGAUAUGUCUAAAGAUGUUGAUCACGAUAAUCAAGUUGAAACUGUUUUUGCGCAUUCGAAGGUUGUGAAAUACGGCGCUCCACCGAACACAGAAGAAACGGCAUUAUUUAAUUUAACACCAACGAACAUCGACGAUGAUGAGAAAAUUCUAUUUUCAAGAGAUGGAGACACAACUGUCGUAAUAGCGAGGUCUUUAGGUUAUUCAGACGGUUAUUAUUAGUCACUAAAUGAACCCAAUUCAAAACUAUUUCUUGAAGUCUCUUUAUGAAAUCGAAUAUACGAUUGAUAUAAAAAAUGUUUUAAUUUUUUUAAAUAGUAUUCAUUAUUUAUUGUUAAAUAUAAUAACAUUAAUUAAAUCAACU